AUGCAGGGCCAGGUGAGCCCUCGAACUCCGUCCGUCGCUCCGGGAGGCAACGACGACCGUCCGCCCGGCACCCCCCCGCAUGCCGCCCCCGCGCCCUCCCUCGUCAGGCCAGCGCCGCCGUCCCCUUCUAGUAACAUCCCGCCCGAAGAGCUGGCGGCGAAGCUCAACUUCGAGGAACUUGUGUGCGGCUGCGGCGAGACCCUGGCAUCGCGGACGGACUACGUGGACCAUGUCCUGACGCACGUGGCGGGGGCCUUCCGCUGCCCUCAGUGCCCGUGCGUGUAUACGUGCUCGUCCCGCCUGGCGCGCCACCAGCGCCUCCUGCACUCCCGAGGGGACACGCCCAGCGACGCCCUCCCGCACGGCUCUCCGGCCGCUGCUCCGGCCGACGGCGUCGAAGAGCGGUGCCAUCUGUGCGCGGACGCGGUAAGCGGCGGCGACGGGGACCUGCGCAACCACAUGCGGGUGCACCUCUGCGGCGAGCACGAGUGCCCCGUGUGCGCACUCCGGCUCGACACGUCCUACGCCAUGGAGAUGCACGUGCAGCGGAAGCACCCGAGCCUCCUGCACGCCUUCCUCAAGAGCGAGGACUCGCUGAAGGACGAGAGCUCGAAGAGCGAGGAUUCGGGCGGGCUUCCCGUGCGGUGCGACGUGUGCGGCAAGGUCGUGGCCACGCCCUCGCGCCUCGCCCGCCACAGGUACCUGCAGCACCCGGAGCACUACCCGUGGCCGUGCGCCGCGUGCACGCUGGCCUUCCCGUCGCUGCACGCCCGCGACCACCACGUGUGCCCGCACCGGCGGAAGGGCGGCAAGGAUGCGUCCGGCGACGGCAAGAAGAACGAGUGCCUGGUGUGCAACACGGCGUUCAAGUCGCGGGUGAGCCUGGAGUGCCACAUGCGGCGCGCGCACCCGACCGAGGCGGCGGGCCCGCACGCGUGCCCCGUGUGCGGCCGCAGUCUCAGCUCUCGCAAGGCGCUGACGGACCAUCUGCGGUGCCACCGCCGCGAGGGCUUCGCCUGCGAGUUCUGCGGCGCCAGGCUCAAGACCCUCGACUCCCUGAACGUGCACAUCAACGAGAUCCACACGCACGUGUCCGCUUGCAGUGCCGCCUGUGCUCGCAGGUGUUUUUUUCGUCGGGGCGCCUGUCGUACCACAUGA